AUGCGGCCAGACGUGAGGGUCGCCGCCGUGGCGCUGCUGCUGCUGGUCGCAUCGGCGGAGGCGGCGUGGUCGCCGCUAUCAAUUUUCACAAGCAGAGUGUCAGGGAAAUUUGACAAGCGCAGCGUCUCAGACUCGGCAAAUGCGUGCUCAAACACAAAUCUGUACACCAAGCCCUCGAUCGCCAAGAUCCAGGUCUGCAGCCGCUCCGUCGCCGUCUCCCGCAACGGCGGCGGCCCCGCGAGCAGCAGCACCAAGAGCAGCUUCCACCUGCCUCAAGUGGCAAGCACUGCCUGCGCCGAGGCGGUGACAGACGGAGUCAAGGCGCUCUGCGUCGGCGGCGACCCAAUCGCCACCAUCUCCUCGAUGGCCUCGACCUGCGCCUCAGCUAUCGCAGAGCUGCAGGCGUCCGUAAUCAGCGGCGCCGAGGUCAAGGCGGGCAGCGUGUUCCCGCUGGCCAACUUCACGAAGAGCGCCUACACCACCGCCUGCACCUCGGGCUGCGCGACCGGCCAGGUCUCCGCCGAGGCCGUCGCGCAGGCGAGCGCGUGCGCGUUCUCCACUCAGCUGCGCGGCUGCAACGCAGUCAAGAGCAUUCUGUCGGAGCAGGCGUACUCGACCGCGUUCGUGCAGACCACCGCGAAGGCCUGGUCCAACGCGUGCGCCCUGGGGCUCGGCAAGGCCCAUGGCGAGGGCGAGGCGCUGGCAAAGACGCUGGUGUCUGUUCUCUCGCGCGCCUUUGGGGACGUCGUCGCCAAGGCGUGCAGCGAGUGCGACUCCUGCAAGUGCAAGUCGCUGCCCUCGGGUCUGGCCCUCGACAAGCUCAAGGGCGCGUCCGACACCGCGGCCACCGCGGCGGACGGCCGCUUCACGCUGGCGCACGCGUUUGGGAACUCGGUCGCGACGUACUGCGGCAGUGACAAGACGCCACGCGCGCUGAAGACGAGCGUGGACACGACGGUCAGCACGCUGGCGACGAUGAUCGCGGACGUGUACGCCAAGACCAGCGGCAGCAGCACGGCGACGGGCCAGUCGCUGGCGUGCUCUGGUGGCAGCGUGUCCACAGAGAUCCAGGCGACCAAGACCGCGAUCGUCACUGCCGUCGCCGACGCCAACAGCGUCGUCUUCGCGCACCGCUGCGCUUCUGCAUACGCCAAGCUCGACGGAAUGGUCAACCUGCUGAAGGACUCGCUGGAGGACACGUUUGAUUCGAUUUCGAACGCGUGCGCCAACGGCGUGACCGGCAAGCCGUCGGUCAACGCGCAGGACGUUGUGAAGAAGGCGCUCGAGUCAAACCAGCCGAUCACCGCCGCGAUCGGCGGCGCGGUGCAGGACGCGGUAAACUGCGGCUGCAACCCGGGGACGUGCAUCUGGUGCGCGCCUGAGAGGAGCGGCCGCAACGCGAGCCUGGCGUACGACUUUGGGCGGCCGGGCGCCAAAGGCAACACGAGCACCCCCAAGACACUGCAAGACAUCACCAAGAUGCUCACAGGCCUCCUCUCCCACUGA